UUCAAGGAGAAGGGAAGAGCUCUGGAUCAUUAAAGCUCGCAUUGUUCAGCGCCCUCUGUUUAUGCUGCAGCGGAAAAUGGAAAAUCGGUUUGUAAUCUGCUUGGAAAAUGGAAAAUCCCUCAGCAUCGAUGGAAGCUCAACGCAGAAAUACAAUUAGGAGCAGCGCUAGAAGAAGGGAGCCGCGCUCUGAUCGCAGCAACACCCUUGUACCCGUCGGCUCCUCUGCAAGCUGUUCUUCCACUUCGUCUUCCUCUUACCUUCUCAAGAAACCCUUGAAAUCGUUUCCCUCCUCUUCGCAGCUUCUCCAUUCCCGCGACAAUCCGAAUCCCACUGAGACCCAUCUCGAUAAGGUUCCAUCCACGGCCGGAUCCACUACCAGCGCGGUUCUAGGACCCUCCACUUCCACGCCUGCUCGCCCACAGCGCAAUCAAUCCUCGACCGUCGGUGGCGAUGAUGUUUGGGAGCCGUCUCCGGUUUACGUUCGGAGGAAGUCCGGAAGCAAAAGGAAGGACAAGGAGAAGGCAAUUGAUGUGCCG